GCUGAAGCCCCGCCGCGCUGCCUCCGCCCUCCCGCCUCAGAUUACCCGCCCGUCAGCAGCGCUCCGGCCACACAGCAGCCAGCCGCUCUCCGUCCUGCAGCACCGAGGAGCUCCGUCUGUCUACCGCCGGCUGAGUCUCUUCUCACCGCCGCCCUCCUCACUGCAGCGAGUGCGGCCGCGUCUCUCUCUCUCUCCGAGGCGGGGAGCGUCCGAGUCUUCGCGAGCGUUCUUCUCCAUUUCGCCCUUCGAGACAUAUGGAGAAAAUGGCCAGACCUCUUGCUGUCAACCCCGCGUUCCUGCCGCCGACUCACGGCGUGCUCAAGUCUCUGCUGGAGAACCCGCUCAAGCUGCCUUUCCACCACGAUGACGGAUUUGGGAAAGAAAAGGAGAAGGCGAAGAAGCUGGACGAUGAGAGCAGCGCAGCCAGCGAUCCACAGUCGGCCUUCCUCGGACCGACCCUCUGGGACAAGACCCUGCCCUACGAUGGCAACAACUUUCAGCUGGAGUACAUGGACCUGGAGGAGUUCCUGUCGGAGAAUGGCAUCCCCGCCAACACGGCCCAGAGCAACCAGGCUCAGCAGGCGGUGCAGCAACCGCAGGCGCCCCUCCAGCAGGCCCCGCAACCCGCCCCGCCCACACCUUCCGUGGUGGACCUCAGCAGCCGCGCCACCACCUCGGUUCACACGGGCAUGGCACCUCAAACCAGCCUCCACAGCCCCAGCACAGCAGCACUGCCCUCAUCCCGGGACACCCCCAGCCCCAUCGACCCAGAGUCCAUUCAGGUGCCCAUGGCCUAUGAGCCUGACCCAGCGGACCUGGCGCUGUCCAGCGUGCCUGGCCAGGAAAUGUUCGAUCCCAGGAAACGCAAGUUCUCUGCAGAGGAGCUAAAGCCACAGCCCAUGAUCAAAAAAGCCCGCAAGGUCUUCAUCCCAGAGGACCUGAAGGAUGACAGGUACUGGGCCCGGCGCAGAAAGAACAACGUGGCGGCCAAGCGGUCACGGGACGCGCGGCGGCUGAAAGAGAACCAGAUCGCCAUUCGUGCCGGCUUCCUGGAGAAGGAGAACGCCGCUCUCCGCAUGGAGGUAGCGGACUUGAGGAAGGAGCUGGGUCGCUGCAAGAACAUUGUGGCUAAAUACGAGGCCCGACAUGGGCCCCUGUGAGCCCCCCCCCACACUACCCCUCCAAAAAAAAUCCACUACAAGCCCCCCUCCAUCUCCUCCUCUCUCACCCACACUUUAUCGCCCUGCCCCAUUUUUGGAGUUUGAAGGACAAUGUGUCUCCUUUGGUGGCACUGCCCCCGCCCCCUCUUUCUCCCCCACCUUCCUCACCUCAUCCCAUUCCUCCCGCAAACCCCCCACACCCCCCAACACACACCUGUAUGAUUCUGUUAUUAUAACUGUCAUUUUGACUUCUUUCAUAAGCUUCGUUUUGUCUGUUCCUUCUUUUAUCUUACCUUACACAUCGUUCGACUGAAUAUAUUUACAUAUACAUAGAUUAAAAAAGCAUAUAUAUACAUAUAUAUAUAUAUAUAUAUAUUUACACAUGCAUACUUCCCACUUUAAUGUACGGUGAGGAGUCAUGAGCCAACCCACCAGCUGAGUCCACCCCACCCCCAUCCCCCCGUCCUCCUUUCAGAAAACAUGCUGUUUGUCGUUUUCAUACCAAUUUUAUACGUGACAUCGGGACUGAAAACUGUUGUUUCCUGUUUCACUUUUUCUUCUUCUUCUUCUUCUGCUGUGUUACAACCAUGUGAAGUGUUGUUGCUCGCCUCUACCUGAUCCCUCAUAUCUCUGGUGUUAUUAAGCCGUGUGUGAGGUUCAUUUUUUUCUUCUAUCAGCACCUACGAGCACCCUUUUCUUCUUCUUUUCUUGAUGUUCAUGUUUAUAUUUCAGUUGUCGAUCACAGCCCCGCCCCCCUUUUACCUCUGCGGCUAAUCUAGAACAGCACCGCCUGUAAUUUGUUUUCACAUAGCAAAAUUCAUGGUGUAGAUUUGCUUUAAUUUUUCUUAUGUUCAUUUUUGGUUUGUUUCUCUCCAUCGCCCGGACACUGAGCAAUAAUCCCUGUCCAGAAUUAAACAGACAUGACAGCCUCCAUGUUUCUUACCCACCUCCUGGCGCCCUGCCACCUCCCCCACCACUUGCAGAUUACUACCUAGUUUUAUCUCCCUCCUUUCAUCUCAGCACAGCUACGUUAACUAAGAAAACCUUAGUUUGCACUAAUGCGUGUCUCACAAUCUGAACUGGUGCAAUGUUUCAACUCACUCAAAAAAUUUCCUCUGCCUCAUAUUUAUCUACCUUUUAUUUCUCAGAUGGAAGAUUGUUUUUUAUAUAUAUAUAUAUAAAUAUAUAUAUAUAUAUAUAUACUAUUCAUAUUAUUUUUAGUAUUAAUACUACUCUGGACAUUGUUGUUGUUUAGCCUCCUUGUUUUCAGAUUUAAGCAUAAUUUCUUUAACAGAACGAAAAGCUACUUACAGAUUUAUUCUUUUCUUCUUUUUUUGCAAAGUUGUUCAUAAUUAUUUUUGCUUCUGCUUAACUUAGCAUGAUCGAUGAGUGUUUUUAUUUUAGGAAUCAACAGAUGUCUGUAGUCUCCCUCUUUGUAGCUCUAUGUUCGCCCUCUUUUUAAAGAUGGCUGUAUGAAUGUAAAAGAUGUUGACAACGAAAAAAAAAAGUUGGAUGGUGUUGUCCAAUACUGUGGUUAACCCAAUCAAUUUGUUUACUGCAAACCAAACGAUUCACAACAGAGAUGAUAUAUUGAUAACAAGAGAUAUGUUUAUAUAAACCUUUUAAGUUGUUCUUUUUGUACAGUAUUUUUCCUAUACAUUACUGAAGUAUGUAUUUUAAAGGCACAACAGAUUCAUAUUAUUAAAAGAUACAAGUAUAUAACUCAAAGACAAAUGCAUAUAGUGGUAUUUUAAUAUUCUAUAUUAGAUAGGAUGUGGUAGUUCUACAGAGAAUUAUGGAUUUUCAGCAGCACCCCAACCCCCGGGCAUUAUUAUCAUUAUUGAUAUUAUAUUAUUAUGAUGUCAUAAUAAUACAUCAAGUCACGUUAGUCCCCAUUCAACUCAACGGAAAAACUAAAUGCAGUCCAGAAGAGAGAAUGUACAGUUGGAGUCUUUUCUAGAAUCCACCAGCUCACAUCCAGCAAGAAAACACACACUUUGUUCAGCAUGUGUAGUGCCAUCACCUGACCCCCACCUGCCGCCGCCGCCACCCCCGCCCUGUCGUCACGUCCCGACACGAGUCCUCCAGCAGCAGCAGCAGCAGCAGCAGCUUCUCUGUCAGAGGCAGACAGCAUGAAGUUACUAUGAAGGAAGGGAAACUACUGCUGGUUACUGCUGCUGUGAGUGUGUGCGGUUGAUUCCUCCAGUCAGUGCAGUUGUAGCGCCUCCCUGAACCCGAGUGAUUGACACUGGGAAGCUUUUAUUUUUUCAAACAGAGGCUUACAGUGGAGUCCCCCCCAACACAGACUUGUUGUCGUGUAGAGCUGCAGAGGUUUUUUCAGUCAGGAGGAGUCGGACGUGGCCGACUUGUGUUUUUAAAGGUUGAUACUGACAUUUCUUAGGUGUGCAAACAUGAAGUAUCUGCAGCCAGUUAGCGUAGCUUAGCAUAAAGACUUGUGACAAAGAGAAACAGUUGGCCUGUUCACUUUGUGGCGCCUCUAGAACCAUUGUGUGUUGUUGUUUUUUACACUUUGGAGUGAAACCCGUGAGAUACAAGAUGUUAUUUAGUGAGCGUUAGAAGCACUGGUAGGUUGUGUUACCUUUGUUCAGAGCCAGGACAGCUGUCUCCUCAUGUUUAGUCUUUGCACUUUGUUAACCAGCUUAACUAAUUGUGUUAUCUUCAAGAAAAACAUUCACACAUUUGUGUGCUUGUAAUUAAAAACAUUCCACCGGCUGAAUAAUGGACACCAGCAGGAAUGAUUCCAUCCAGUAGUUCACUCUUCAAAUUUGUACCGUUCAGGCUGUCAACCAAUUUUGUAAAAAAAUAAAUAAAACAAAAAAAUACAAACUACACAUUAAACACAAAAUGUGUUUGUUGUGUUGAUUCUACAUGUCAAUGGAAUUGUAUCUGUUUGAUUUAAUCUUGUCAAACAUCAUGUGCACAAAUGUAGUAGUUUUAUUUUACUAUCGCAGCCCUGGACGUCCAUAAUUGUCCUCAGUGUGUUUUAAGAUGGUUGGUCAUAAGAUUUUUUUUCUUUUCUGGUUGUUAAAAAAAAAAAGAAACCUGAUAACAGGAUUUUAAAAAGUAAAAAGCCCAAACGUAACAAUCAGAAAAGUCAAUAUCGAACCAGUAAAUCUACAAACUGACACAUCGGUCUGAGCGGACUUGGCUGAACUUUUUCGAUUUGAUCCAAAGAUGUGUGAAAUGUAAAGUCAUUCUUUUUCUAUCCACGAACUGUAGUCAGAGUGUUUUUUGAGCUUUAGAGGAUGUUUCCCCUCUUGUGUCUUUUCUCGAGUGGGAACAGGGUUUGUAGAGAAGAGUGAAGACUGGAACGAUGCCUCCAGAAUCUGUGGAGCAUCUUUUUAAUAAACGUAAUAUAUACAUAUACAGGAAAAAGCCAAUAAUUCAUCCACACGUGUCCCAAAAUGACCUCACUGUUGAGUGAUUUCACUACCUCACCCGGAAACGUUAACCAUAAUUCUGAGUCUAUUCCAGUGCCUUGAAUACACUGACUGUUCCCCAGUCUCUCAGCAAUGUAAAGAUCUCCUCACAGCUCCACUCGGAUAGGUUCAGAUCUGCACUGAAGAGCUGCUUAGUGCAUCGAAAAUAUAUAUAUAUUAUAUACACACCGACAACUCUUCUCAUUUCUGAUUUUGGACAUUGCAACAGACUUGUAACCAUUGUAUUCAUGGCAACACCAACGGACUGUUUCAGAAUGUAUACAAAUAUGACACAAAGGAGUAUUGGGUCUUGUUUGUCAUGGAAUGGAUGCAUAACAUUUAUUUGUGCUGUUCAGCCCUCAGCCUCUCUGUCGCUCUGUAAUUUGUAGUGUCUAAUAAAAUCCCAA